GAUGGGGCGGGGUCGGUCGGGGCCUCCUCCCUCAUUCCCUCGCGGGCCGAGCCGCCCCUCUCUCUCCUGCCCCUCCUUCUCCUUGUCCCACCCCUCGGAGUGGAGCUGCACAUGCGGCUGCUCCCUGUUCUGUCCCGCCCAGCCACCGUCGCGCAGGAACGGGUCCCUGCAGCCCCCAGCCGAUGGCAGGACAGUAGCCGCCUGUCAGGGGUCGCGAACGGCUGAGGCAGACGCAGCGGCUCCGGGGCCUCAGAGAGUGUGUGUCUCCAGAGGCCAUGGGGUACCCAGAGGUAGAGCGCAGGGAAUCCCUGCCUGCAGCAGCGCCAGGGGAGAGAGGGAGCCAGGGCUGCGGCUGUCGCGGGGCCCCUGCCCGGGCUGGCGAAGCGAACAGCUGCCGGCUCUUCCUGGGUUUCUUUGGCCUCUCACUGGCCCUCCACCUGCUGACCUUGUGCUGCUACUUAGAGUUGCGGUCCGAGUUGCGGCGGGAACGGGGAGCCGAGUCCCGCCUUGGUGGCCCGGGCACUCAUGGUACCUCUGGCACCCUGAGCAACCCCGGUGGCCUCGAAUCUGACGGUCCCAUCACCCUCCACAUCGGGCAGCCGUCGCCGCAGCAGCAGCCAUUGGAACGAGGAGAAACUACACUCCCCCCUGACUCCCAGGACCUGCACCAGAUGGCCUUGCUGAAUUUCUUCUUCCCUAAUGAAAAGUCAUACUCUGAAGAGGAAAGCAGGCGUGUUUACCGCAACAAAAGAAGCAAAAGCAGUGAAGGAGCAGAUGGGCCAGUCAAAAACAAGAAAAAGGGAAAGAAGACAGGGCCACCUGGGCCCAAUGGUCCCCCAGGUCCUCCAGGACCUCCAGGACCUCAGGGACCCCCAGGGAUUCCAGGGAUUCCUGGAAUUCCAGGAACAACUGUUAUGGGACCACCCGGUCCUCCUGGUCCCCCUGGUCCUCAAGGACCCCCUGGUCUCCAAGGACCUUCUGGUGCUGCUGAUAAGGCUGGAACUCGAGAAAACCAGCUGGCUGUGGUGCAUCUACAGGGCCAAGGGUCAGCAAUUCAAGUCAAGAAUGAUCUUUCAGGUGGAGUGCUCAAUGACUGGUCUCGCAUCACUAUGAACCCCAAGGUGUUUAAGCUACAUCCCCGCAGUGGGGAGCUGGAGGUACUGGUGGACGGCACCUACUUCAUCUAUAGUCAGGUAGAAGUCUACUACAUCAACUUCACUGACUUCGCCAGCUAUGAGGUGGUGGUAGAUGAGAAGCCCUUCCUGCAGUGCACCCGCAGCAUCGAGACAGGCAAGACCAACUACAACACUUGUUAUACUGCAGGAGUCUGCCUCCUCAAGGCACGGCAGAAGAUCGCCGUGAAGAUGGUGCAUGCUGACAUCUCCAUCAACAUGAGCAAGCACACCACAUUCUUUGGGGCCAUCAGGCUGGGCGAAGCCCCUGCAUCCUAGAUUCCUGCAUUUUGCCCUUGCCCGUGCCCCUGCCCUAGGUUUGGGAGCCAGGACUCCCAGAACCUUUUAAGUGCUGCUGUGGAUUGAGGUACAUUGGCAUUGCAGCCAGAGAGAAAUGCCCCAGUGCUAUUUAUUCCCAAGUGAUUCCAUAAUGACAUGACAAGGCCUACUUGACUUUGCAGAAUGACCUUGAGUUAACCGGAGAGUUGAUGGAGCCCCAGGGUUUACAGGACGCACAACCUUCUCUGGCUCCACACUGGCUGAAGGCAUGACUCUUCAACCCCAAGGUCCCUGUUGUCCUUUUUAUCAUUUAUUGCACUAACUUGAGGAUCCAGAGCAUCAGGCCAGAGAAAGUGAAAGUGCACUCCAGACUCUGGGGGUGACCAUCUGACCCCAAGGGGGCCGCAGCUUCUCUCUUGGCUAGGGCUGAGGAUGGGGUGGCAUUAGGUUGCAGCCUAAGGAGAGGACUGGGGUGAGGGGAGACAGAUAAUUGUGGCAGAGACCAGGGGAGAGCAGGUAUCCUUGGCAGUGGAAGCAUUCUUGCUUCUCUGCAUUGUGAGCUGCAGGAGAAUCAGAGAACUCUUCCCACUCAGGCUGAGAGCCACAAGUGACAGCUGUCUAGGUGCCAGAGUCAGGAGCUUUGCUCUCCCUCAGAACCAUUCAAGAAUGGUCACAACCCUGCCUGCAUAAGAAUCUGAAUCUGCACUUGGGGCCUCAUGUCUCUCACUUUGUUUACAGCUAUGCUCUAUGUUUAGAAAACUCCCUAGGGCCCCUUCCCAAUCACCGCCUGACUACAACUCCUGUCUUCUUUCUACACAGAGCCUACCUCUGUCUGAGACAGGUGCUUAACCUGGGACCUGUGCUCACAUGAGUCUGAAAUAUUCUUUAGCUUACCUGAACACAAGAGAAUUUUCCAUUUAUUAAGCAAUACAAGUAUUAUUCAGCUGAUUUCAAUUCAACUGUGUCUGGAGGGUAGGGGUUGGACUAGAUGAUCUUCAAAAAUCUCUUCAAGGUCUAGUAAGAGGCACCUGCCAUAAUAACCUUCUAAAUUCCCAAAUCCUAGAUCAGUGGUGGCAAACCUAUGGCAUGUGGGCCGCAGUAGGCUGUUUGUAUCACUGAAAGCUCUAAGAGGUUCGCCGUCACUGCCCUAGACUAUGGUUGGGCACCAGCAAAGCAGAGCUUUUCUACCUUGGCUGAUAGGGCAAGAAGUAGGAAUCAGUCAGGAGGUAGGUCUAAGUUUGCUGCAGCACUAGUGAUCAUGAAGCCAGGCCUUAUCUGAGAGGGCAGCAGCUGGUGGUCUCCUGACCAAGUUUCUACAGAAAGCCAUGGCAGAGCAUCAUCAGCAGAUACCCAUGCUGCUCCCUGAAGCCAGGCUUAGGAGCAGCCAGAGUCUAGGCAUAGGCAGGGCUCUGCCCUCUAGUUCAGUGCAAAGAUACCCUCCCCUAACCCAAAGCUUCCCACCUGGUCAUAUGCUAGGACCAUUUAGGUGCCUUACCUGGGCACAACCUAGCUUCUGAUGCUAGAUCUGGCCCAAAGCUGGGAUUGUCACCCUUGUACAGGUAGCUGAAAUCUGCCAAGAACAAUAGUCACUUCUUUCUUCCUUCUCUUUCUAAGCAACCACACUGGCCUUUCAAGGGUCAGGGCACAAGGUAGUGGGCCAGCCCUCCAUUGUCUGAUGGCUAAUGACAGCCUUGCAAUCCAAGGUGAGGUACACUCUAGGCACAACUCCUGUUAAGUGCCUUAGACAGUCCACAGUUGUAGCAGGAAAUGACAAAACUGCUUCUUAAAGCUUGGAAAGUACUUUCUGUUAUUUCCUUUGAGUAGGGCAGGACAGAGAUAUCUGAUGCCAUUGCUUAGGUGAGGCUCAGAAGGGUGAAGGGCUUUGACUGCCCUCUGUGUGUUUGUUAAGUCACAAACAUGGGCUUCAGCCCAGGUCUGAUACCAAAGUUGUUCCCUUACACCACACCACUGUGUGGCAUUUGGGGUCAAGAGUGAACUAAUCAAGGUGCUAAUACAGACCUAACAUUCUGAGGGUCCUAGGAAGAAAGCCAAAGAUGCCCAUUUUUAUUACUUGAUGGUAAUACUGUUCUCAAGGCUGCCAGGUGCUCUGUGACAAAAGAAUCAGAUGUUUCUCUUCAAACAGCCAUCAGCCUUACAGCUCUCAUGUUCAGAAGGAAACCCUUGGCACUGUCCAUGUAGUAGCACUCUGAGACCCACAGAACUGGUGGCCCUCAUUUCUUUCACCCAUCCAGUGAAACAAGCAGCUGUCACACGUGGGCAAAUCCUUUCAUUACCCUCCAGGCAGCUUCCAGUAGUCAGCUUACUUUCUACCAGUACAAAGUAUGACUCCUUAUCUCAUUUUCCAUCCCCCAGAAACCUUGAUACUACCAGGAUCUCUCAGGGAUGGAGGGAAGACAUAAGAGAGGACUGGUUCUAAGGCCAAAUGGGCAUGAGGAGAGAGGAGGAAAAGGCCUCCUAAUUGUGCCCCUAAACACCCCAGAAUGGUGGGAGUUGUAGGGGAAGUAGGGUUCCUGCUAGACCUCUCAUUCAUUCUGAACUCUUAAAAGGAACCCUAGUGGGAAAGGGAUAGAGAAGGAAGCUAGGGAGCCCUGUUGAGGCAAAGGCAUUGGUGAAGCAGUGAAGUGGUUUACUGAUGGAAGACUGCGGACAUAGCUUUAUAGUUUGCAAUUAUGCUGAUGUGAGUUUACGAGAGGGCCAAGGCUAGCAUGGAGAAUGGGACAAGAACAUCUGUGGGUAAGCAAAUGUCAGAGGUUUAAGGGAGAAUUGCAUGGCAGGGGCCUCUACCAGCUGCUUGGGCUUCAACAGCCAAGCUGGCACAAAAGGCAGCAGCUGUCUGAGGCUGCUGGGCUACUGGCUCCUUGGAAACUGUAGUGUUUGCUUUGUUUUCCCUUCAUCUGUCCUGAGCCAAAUUUCUUUUGCCUAAAGGAAAAGGCUAGGAACCUUGGAGGUGAACAAAGGCUUUGAUCCAUGUAUUUUGUGUUAUUUCCAGUGGAUGCAAAUAGAUUCAGAGAAAUUUAGAGUGAAAAAGCCCUUUAGAGGGAAUAUAGCCCAGCCUACAUUGAACUCUGUUACUUAGGUAGAAACUGAGGCUCAGAGAGGGAUGGUGACCUGCUCAAGGUAGUGAGCAAGCUCAGACCUCCAGACUCAGCAGCCGAAGGGAGGAGUAGAGCAGUCCUUGUCCCGCAUAGCCCCUUCUUUCUUCCCUACACAGACUCAAGGCUAGAAGUGUUUGGCCCCCUUCAGGAGCCUGGCCAGGCAGGGAGAGCAGCUGCAGCCUUCAUUAAAGCUCUGCUUCUUCCCAAGGCACUCACCUAGCUCUGCCUCUGGAUUGGAAGGCUCUAAACUGGCCCACUGCCAGGAAGUCCUUAGGCUACCUUAGUGCUCCCUCAGGUCUCCUACUGACCCCAGGCCAUGCUAGCAUGAGGAAAGAACUGGUAUUUCUUUUUAAUCCAUUUCAGGGCACUCUCCUGGCAUGUGUCAUAUCUAUUCAAAGAGCUUCCAGCUAGGAUGGGGUGGGCUGAACUUGGUUGUGAGAAUGGCCUGGAGCAGGCCCAAUGCUGCUUUUGGGGGUCAGCAUCUAGUGCGAGAUACUGUGUAUAUAAACUAUAUAUAAUGUAUAUAAACUGGGAUGUAAGUUUGUGUAAAUUAAUGGUUUAUUC